AUGCGCAGCCUCGAUCGCGAGAUUCGACUGCUGGAUCUCCUCCCCGGCGAAGGGGCUGCUGCUAUCCGAUGCACAACCCGCAUAGUCGCGCUAGACUCGCAUCCCGAGUUCGAAACCGUGUCGUAUGUCUGGGGCGACCGCAACGGGGAGCAAUCCAUCGAGGUUUCUGGCACCUCCAUCCCGGUCACGAGGAACCUGCAUGCCGGGCUGCUGCGCCUCCGCGACUCGACUGCUAAACGCACGCUGUGGAUCGAUCAGAUAUGUAUCAACCAGUGGGAUCUGGAAGAGAAGGCGGCGCAGGUGGCGCUCAUGCGCGACAUCUACAGGCAGUGCACGCGGUGCGUGACGUGGAUGGGCGAGCUGGUGAGAGACGGGAGCGAAGUCCAGGUCCGCGACGCAGAGGCAGUGUUUACUUUCCUGGAGCAAACCGCCGCAGCGACAGUCACGCCGCUGGAUGGCCUGCCAGUGCUCUUCCUGGACUCAGAAGAAGGCGAGGCCGCGCGGGAAGCCUUCAGGAGCUUCUCCAUGUACGGCAAUCCGUGCGCCCAGAACUGCGACUACACUGUCGCAGUACCCCGGCUAUUCGCACACGUCACACGCGAUCUCAUCAGACACGAACAAGGCCUGCGGCCGCUGCUGGGCGCCUGCGAGAUGCCGCACGCGUCCGCCGCCACACCCUCGUGGGCCAUCGACUUCGCGCGCUGCAACCGCAUCGGCAAGCGCCAGAUGACGUGGUGGGGCCACUCGCACCGCUACGCCGUCUUCUCCGCGUGCGGCGACCACGGGCUCGAAGAGCUCGACACCGACCCGGAGACCCUGGGCCUGAGAGGCGUCUACGUAGACGAGGUGCGGGCCACCGUCGCGCUGCUCCGCGUCGACCCCCAGGACGCAGUGGACCCCGGCGCACUCCGCGAAGCCAUCGCCGCCUGCGCCCAGCUGCUGGCGCAGUACCGUGCUUCGGGGCAGGCUGCGGCGGUGUACGAAGACGGCUUCUCGUGGGCCUCCGCGUUCUGCAGGACGCUGGUCGGCGACUUGCUCAUGGACGAGAUGCCCGUGGGCAGACUCGCAUCGCUGGGGCGCGAGCGGCUGCAGGACGCUUCCCCGAAGGAUCUCUCGCACCUCGACCCCAAAACUCUAUCCACCCACCUCCGCGAAUCCCUCACCGGCAGCCUAGAAAACCAGACCUUCUUCGUCACGCGCACGGGCCGCAUCGGGAUUGGCCCCGCGCCGACGCGGAGGGGGGAUGGGGUGUGGGUUCUCAGCGGGGGGCGGGUGGUGUUUGUUCUAAGGGGCGAAGGUAGGGGCCCGCGCAGCGCAGAGCCUCAGCGGCUCACGCUCGUCGGCGACGCGUAUCUGCACGGCUGCAUGGACGGCGAGGCCGUGCGGGCCGGGGCGGCGUGGGAGCGGGUGUGGAUCUGCUAGGGUGCCUGCGGUUCCUGCGGUUCCUGCGGUACCUACGGUGCGGUGCUGGGGACGCGCGGUGCGGUACUGGGGACUCUUUAAACGCGUACAGUAGUACGCUAAUAUGCGCCGGCACGGGUUGUGCGGGACGCGUGCACUGCACAUCGGACACUGCACGCCCGCACCACACUCGGAUACAAGGGG